CCAUUUUGCCACUCGGUUGCAGAUAUGUCAUUUUGUCACAGUUGGCAGCAGUGCAUUGAAAUUAGACUUUUUUCUCACGCAAAAGAACUUGGGACGUCGAGAAAUUAUUUAACUAAAAAUAAUUUAAAUCAAAAUGUUGUCAAGAGCUAGCGUGUUCCAAGUUCGCAAGCCGAUCGCUCAAUUGGUCCGAGCAACCAGCACAACAUCAUCAACCUCAUCAGCUGCUGCCGCAGCUCCAGCUGAAGUUGGUUACCAGCGUCCAGUUCGUCAAAUCGAAGCAGCCCCAGUUCGCUAUGGAUUCAUUCCAGAAGAAUGGUUCCAAUUCUUCUACAAGAAAACUGGUGUGACUGGUCCAUAUGCUUUUGGUUUUUCAUUGUUCACCUACUUGGCAUCGAAAGAAAUUUAUGUCAUGGAGCACGAAUACUAUGCUGGUCUUUCGUUCGCCGCCCUUUUGAUCAUCGGUAUCAAGAAAUUGGGUCCAGGUGUUAAGAAAGCAUUGGACGCUGAAGUCGAUCAAAUUGAAGCCGACUUCGAGCAAGGUCGCAAAGAUGAAGUGGCCAAUCUUGAAGAUUUAAUUGAACAUGAAAAGACCGAACAAUGGCGUGCCGAAGGUCAAUUGAUGUUGAACGAUGCCCAAAAGGAGAAUGUUUCAUUGCAAUUGGAAGCCGCUUACCGUGAACGUUUGGCUCAGGUAUUCAAUGAAGUGAAACGCCGUUUGGACUAUCAAGUCGAGAUCCAAUUGGUUGAACGUCGUGUCAAACAAAAGCACUUGGUUAACUGGGUAUCAAACAAAGUUCUUGGCAGCAUCACACCCGAUCAAGAUAAAGAAACAUUGUCCAAAUGUAUCGCCGAUUUGGGCGCUUUGGCUCCAAAGUAGAACAAAUUAAAUAAGAUGGUGUCUACUUUUACUGUAUAAAACUUUCCGACAUAGAAAUCCAUACGAAUUGUUUCGAGAAUGAUUGAGAGAAAAAAACACUCUGUAUUUGUUUCAAACAUCAAACUGAAAAUUUUUGCCGAAUAAAUUCGAAUCAACAAUCCAAAUGAUUCAAUAAAAAAAAAUGAGAAAAUAAA